AUGUACCCGAACUUGCUAGGGUCGCCGUUUUACCACCAUCAUCAUCACCACCACCACCAUCACCACCACCACCAGAGCAUGUUGAAGAGCUCGCCGUUCCUGAUGGACAACCUGCUGUCGACCAAGGGUGACGGCAAGUGCGCCGCCUACGGCCAGCUGCAGCCGCCCCCGCACGCGCCGCCGCCGCCAGGGGCGAGCGCCGCCCCCGCUGAAGGCACGCUCACCGUGGGCAUCACGGCGUCCUACUCGAUUGUGGCGGAGGCGCGCCGCGGCGCCGCGCCCGCGGCCCCGGGUUCGUGCCCCGGCGGCGAUACCCACCAGCCGCACGGCCGCUACCCGUCGGUCGCCGGCGACGCCGCCUGCUGCCCGCCGGAGCUGGACGACGCGCGCCUUGAGACGCCGCCCCCGCCACCCCCGACGUCCGUGUCCGCCCCCAGCCUCAUCUCCGCCUCCGACACCACGCCGUCGCCCAAGCCGAUUCUCAAGUUCAGCGUCAGCGCCAUACUGGGAGACGCCAAACCGCCGCCGUGCACAGAGUCGUCGCUGCAGGCGGGGCCGCCGCUGUUCGGCUACGGGCUGUCGGGCUCGCACGGCAUCGCCAAGCCGAUCGCGAGGCCCGCCACCGCCGCAGCCGCCGCCUCGGGCAGCCCCAGAGGUCCCUCGUUAUCCAGUGCCCCAUUUGACCGCUGUGUGGAAGGCCGCAGGAGCAGUGCACGUGUGUCCGUGUGUGCCGCAGUGUCGACGGCCGGCGGCACGGGCGGCGGCGGCGGCGGCGGCGCGCCCACCGCCGUCUUCCCGCUGCCGGGCUCCUUCCCCUGGGCCAACAGCUCCAGGGGCAAGCCGCGCCGCGGCAUGAUGCGGCGCGCCGUCUUCUCCGACCUGCAGCGCAAGGGCCUUGAGAAGCGCUUCCAGAUCCAGAAGUACAUCUCCAAGCCCGACCGCAAGAAGCUCGCCGAGAAGCUCGGCCUCAAGGACUCGCAGGUGAAGAUCUGGUUCCAGAACCGGCGCAUGAAGUGGCGCAACUCCAAGGAGCGCGAGCUGCUGGCGAGCGGAGGCUCCCGCGAGCAGACGCUGCCCAACAAGAACAACCCGCACCCCGACCUCAGCGACGCCGAGGCCGACCGCCCCCGCCUCGACCUGUCGCCGUCCCCGCAGCAGCAGCAGCAGCAGCAGCAGCAGCCGGGGGCCGGCAGGCCGCUCCCGGACGAGGAACUCACGCCCCCGGAAGACGACGAUGACGACGAGGAAAUCAACGUCACGUGACAAGAGGGAGCGUCGACUUAGCCCGCCACGGACUGCACGCGCACCAAAACGCCCUAGAGGCGCCAUCGGACACACCUCGCCCUCAAUAAAAACGUUGUUAGUAUCUGAAUCUUCCCGAAAUCGACGUAUUAGCGCUGUUGACGAGACUGCAGACGAACACUCGUUCACCCGAGAACUGUACAGGUCUCGCAGUGAAAUUAAAAAAAAGAAAGAUACGUCACUCACCCGCCCUGGUUCUGCCUGGUGUCAACCAUUCACAUCACCAGGGCACACAUACAUAAGUCAGAGGAAAUAAUACAUAAAUGACCUGAAAGCUAUGUUUCAUCUUGUUACAGACACUCGGUCAGCUUUCAGUAUAAAUAAGCUAUGUGACCCAUGUGACUCUGUUCUGUUAGUGAGAUAGCGAGUCGCGAGAGAAACAAGGCCAGAAAUCCUCCUCAUGUUCACUUUUCCUUUUGGAGCAACUGCUGCUGUGUACAAGAGCAAACGCUAAUUUGUUGACUGUAGAUGGUUCUCUUUUGUUUACACGCAGGCCUCAAGCGCGACCCACACUUCCCUCCUUCGCGAGACUCCAUCGCUGACGUCAUUCAGCGCCACAGAAGAAAUUUAACAGUUGUUAAUGUGCGAGUGCUAUUUUCAGACUGGCUUCCUAACACAAUAUCGUUAGUGGGACAAUCAGAUAGAAUGUUGAAAACAAGUGCUUCGCUUCAGGUUGACAUUACCCCUUCGAUACCAGUGACUUUUUUAUCGGGUGAUGCGAUACAGAUCGAGGUCUUAAGACUCGCAGAAUCAACGGUGUGCCUGAAAAAGUACUGAAAAUACCUUAUGCGACAAAGUGACCACGUGUUCCCGGAUUCUGAAAGCCGGUUGCCUCUUUAAAGAAACAAAUCACUAAUUUCCGUGUUUUAGAUUGAAUUCGGUUGUCUGUAAAUUCAUUUUUUCCAAAAAUAGGAGUAAAUGAAAGACUGUUUCAUACUAUUUAUUGGAUAAUUGUCUCUUUCUUUGUAAUUCUGUGAACCAAUACUACUAAUUUUUGUACCUGAUCCUUCCGGUAGGUUAAUAAAUCAUUUAACGCAGUUUAUAUUUUCGGUGAUAAGCACAUUUUUGUUAUAGGUACUAACGUAAGUGAUGUACGGGUUAGAUAUUUCAUCGUGUGCCACACUCCUCAUUUAUAAUAGAAAUUUUGGAAUGUCUCAUUUAUUCAACUGAUUUUAAGUACUCGCAACAGUCACUGAACCAAAAGGACGUAUCCAAUGCAUUAAAUGCUCACUCUGUCUUACAGAUAAUCAUUUCCAAAAAUGUUACUCGAAUGGGACUAUUCUACUCUUUACAAUAUACUUGUGUGUUAGCCCCACAGCCUCGUGGGAGAAGCUAAGUUGCGUUUGGAAGGAAUAAGCAGAGGGUUAUCGUAAGCUGUUCUUUUUCGUCGACGUGUGAUAUGUGCUUCAGUAACACAAUUGGGAGGCCACUUCCCGAUGAAAUUGAGUAUCCGGAUUCAACAUACAGCUUAAACCUUUCAAAUACAAUCAUUUCCAGGAACUUUUGGCUCAGAAUUUUAGUUCUGCCAGAUGCUGUAUUUCAGUAUACGCCCCAGUAUCUCCGUGCUUCAAACUUGCAGCAUCGGAACUACUUAUGAAUAGAGUACUGUAUCAUUGACCUAUUAAACGUAGUAGCCAAGAGACACAUUUUACCAAACCCUAAAAUGUCCGUCCCACAUAUUAUACUAUAAGCAUACGAAUGCUUCUGUCAAUAGUUGUCUAUUGAUGAAUGCAAGAAAGUGACGCCAUUGUCCAUCUUCUUCUGACAACCAAGUGCAAUAACAGUAGCAGCUGCGUUGCAGUUCGACCUAUUUCCGGCUACCAAGUCCAGCACAGCUGAAUGUAAACCGUGCACGUAAGCCUGAGCCCUUAUUAAUGUUACGCAUGCCCUGCAGGCUUCCUCGAGUAGUGGCCGUGGACACUGGUCUGACUGUUCGGCGAUACAUAUGCUGAAGAUCGUUUUGCAAAACACUGUCAAAGCCGCUGAUGUACUGUCG